AUGGAACUUCUUCACCAGGACCACUUCGAGAGGCGAGCUUCACAAGGGGAGCAGCGCGGUUGCGUGUCCCGCGCCACGGGGGGAGCUCGAGCCGCGUUGGACUCCGCCGGAGCUCUCAUGGACCUCAAGGAGCGACGACGGGCACGGUGGCUUUGGCUGUGGUGGCUUUGGCACGGCGUGGAUGUGGUACCCAAAUGGCUGGAGUGGAUUUGGAUGCCUCCGGGAGAGCUGCGAAGAAUCAUGACUCUGACUUCAGACUGUCUGGAGACAAAGACCUCAGACUGCAGGGGUCGAAGAUCCCGUCAAAUUGAUUUGCAAAUGGCCAACAUGUUUCUAUCUUGUGGUCCCAUUCACCUGAGAAGACCUGGGGCAAGACCUGGUGCACUGGGACAUGUCUCAGACGGCCCCUCUUUGGGAGGCUAG